AUGCCCCACAUGCCCCAAGGAAUCGUCAAGGGCGGCAAGGAAGACUUGAAGCUCAACAACCAGUCCCUUUGGCAGACUAAGGCUUACAUUGACGGAGAAUGGGUCGAUGCCAACGACAAGUCCACCCUUAAGGUCUUUAACAAGGCUACAGGUGCCGAAAUCGGUAAAGUCCCUGACAUGGGCGCCAAGGAGACCACUGCUGCCAUCAACGCCGCCGAACAGGCUUUCAAGUCUUGGUCAAAGACCACCGCCAAGCACCGCCACGAUCUGCUCAUGAAGCUCUACUACGCCCAUCAGGAACAUGCCGACGACCUUGCCAAGAUCAUCGUCGCUGAGAACGGCAAGGCGUUUGCCGAAGCCAAGGGCGAGAUUGGCUACUCGAACGGAUUCCUCGAAUGGUUCGCCGAGGAGGCCACCCGAACCUACGGUCACACGGUCCCCUCGCCACUUCCCGGUCUUCGCAACGUCGUUCAGAUGCAGCCUGUCGGUGUCGCCGGCCUCAUUACUCCCUGGAACUUCCCAGCUGCGAUGAUCACCCGUAAGGCUGCUCCCGCUCUUGCUGCAGGAUGCACCGUGGUCAUUAAGGCUCCCGCGGAGACCCCCUUCUCGGCUCUCGCUUUCGCCCAUCUCGCCGAAAAGGUCGGCUUCCCCAAGGGAACCAUCAACGUUGUCACCUGUGCCAAGGGUGACAACGAGAUCGCCGUCGGUAAAGAGCUAUGUGAGAACCCUACCGUGCGCAAGAUCUCGUUCACCGGCUCCACCCGCGUCGGCAAGAUCCUCAUGAGCCAGUCCGCUUACACACUUAAGAAGCUCUCCAUGGAGCUCGGCGGUAACGCUCCCUUCAUCGUCUUCGAGGAUGCAGACCUCGACAAGGCGGUUGAAGGCGCUAUUGCAUGCAAGUUCCGCGGUUCCGGGCAGACCUGCAUCUGCGCCAACCGAAUCUAUGUUCAUGCCAGCAUCAAGGACGAGUUCCUCAACAAGCUCACUGCCAAGGUCGACAACUUCAAGGUCGGCUACGGUAUGGACCAAGGCACCACCCACGGUCCUCUCGUCAGUGAGGCCGGUCUCAAAAAGGUUGAGGAGCACGUCAACGAGUCAGUCAAGAAGGGUGCCAAGGUCGUUGUCGGCGGCAAACGUGGCGAGGGUCUCUUCUUCGAGCCCACCGUCAUCACUGACUUGCCCGAAGACGUACCCACCGAUCGCGAAGAGACUUUCGGUCCAUUGGCCGCCGUCUACACAUUCUCCAGCGAGGAGGAAGUCGUGCGAAAGGCCAACAACGUCGAAGUCGGUCUCGCCGGUUACUUCUUCUCCAAGGACACCGGCCGAUGCUGGCGUGUCGCUGAAGAGCUCCAGGUCGGAAUGGUCGGUAUCAACACUGGUCUCAUCUCGCAGAAUGCCGUACCCUUCGGCGGUGUUCACGAGUCUGGCUUCGGUCGUGAGGGUGGUCGCACCGGUAUCGACGAGUACCUCGUUCAAAAGCUCAUGGUCUUUGGAGGCGUCAACUGA